UCGAUUGUAGCAGGCAGCAGCUAAAUUGAAAACUUAUUUGCUGCAUUCAGAUCACUGGAAUUUCUGUAUAGCAGCCACGGCGUAGACAGAUCUGUGCUACCAACAAUCGAAUCAAAGGACAACCGCCUCGGUUUGCAGAGUAGAACCGACUCCUGCUGCUACCACCAUGGAUGAUUUAGAUGCUUUGCUGGCGGACUUGGAGUCGACAACCUCCCACAUCUCCAAGCGGCCGGUGUUUCUGCCGGACGAGACGCCCUACUCUUUCCCCACGGGAGGACCGGCCUCGUCCCCUGUACCCCAACAUACCUCUACUGAGGCCCUGAACGGAACCGCGCUCGACCCCCUAGAAUCCACCCGCUCAUCCACACAGUCCUACAGCAGUAGCUCCCCCCCCUUACCCCAAAGUGAAGACGACCACGUCUACAGCUUCCCCAACAAGCAAAAGAGUGCAGAGGCUGCCAUGAGUUCCUUCCUGGGCAGCAACUUGUCGGAGUUGGACCGGCUGCUUCUGGAGCUCAACGCUGUGCAACACAACACGCCCUCCUUCCCGACUGAGGAGGAGACGGCCCCGCCCCUCCCCUCUAGCAGCACCACCCACUAUGUGCAGGAGAACGGGGUUUCGGGGGCCGGCAAGGUGCCUCCCCCCACCAUGGAGAAGCCCAAGCGCAGCGUGGCCACCAGGGUCAUUGAAGACGUGCGCCCCAGCGUUGAGAGCCUUCUGGACGAGCUAGAAAGUUCUGUGCCCUCCCCCAUUCCCAUCCCCUUGGUGGAGUUUACGGAGGGGGGGGAGGAGACACCCUCCCAGCUGCAGGCCAGAAUCUCUGCCUCCUCCGCCACGCGGGAGCUCGACGAGCUCAUGGCCUCGCUGUCCGACUUCAAAGUCCAGAGCAAUAUUCUGGCCCAGGGGAAGAGCUUGCCCAAGGCUCCCCCCAAACAGGCCAACAAGCUGGACAAUAUGCUGGGAAGCCUCCAGUCAGACCUCCAUAAACUGGGCGUCCAGACUGUGGCCAAGGGAGUGUGUGGGGCCUGCAACAAGCCCAUAGUUGGACAGGUGGUGACCGCCAUGGGGCGCACGUGGCACCCGGAGCACUUUGUGUGUACCCACUGUCAAGAGGAGAUCGGUUCCAGGAACUUCUUUGAACGGGACGGAGCGCCUUACUGUGAGAAGGACUACCACAACCUGUUCUCCCCACGCUGCCACUACUGUAACGGACCUAUCCUGGACAAAGUGGUGACUGCACUGGACAGGAACUGGCAUCCAGAACACUUCUUCUGUGCUCAGUGUGGAGCUUUCUUUGGUCCAGAGGGCUUCCAUGAGAAGGAUGGGAAGGCGUACUGUCGGAAGGACUACUUUGACAUGUUUGCACCCAAAUGUGGAGGCUGUGCCCGCGCCAUCCUGGAGAACUACAUAUCAGCCCUCAACUCCCUCUGGCACCCCGAGUGCUUCGUCUGCAGGGAGUGCUUCACCCCCUUUAUAAAUGGGAGCUUCUUUGAGCACGAGGGCCAGCCCUACUGCGAGGGCCACUACCACGAGCGCCGCGGCUCCCUCUGCUCGGGCUGUCAGAAGCCCAUCACGGGCCGCUGCAUCACAGCCAUGGCCAAGAAGUUCCACCCCGAGCACUUUGUCUGUGCCUUCUGCCUUAAGCAGCUCAAUAAGGGCACCUUCAAGGAGCAGAAUGACAAGCCAUACUGCCAGGGCUGCUUCAUCAAGCUCUUCAACUAGGGAGCUAACCCACUCCCCAGCUGUGUGUGUGUGUGUGUGUGUGUGU